CUACAAUACUGACAUAUACAACACUGGCAGCUACAAUACUGACAAAUACAACACUGGCAGCUACAAUACUGAUAAAUACAACACUGGCAGCUACAACACUGACAUAUACAACACUGGCAGCUACAACACUGACAUAUACAACACUGGCAGUCACAACACUGACAAAUACAACACUGACAGCCACAACACUGACAAAUACAACACUGGCAGCUACAACACUGACAUAUACAACACUGGCAGCCACAACACUGACAAAUACAACACUGACAGCCACAACACUGACAAAUACAACACUGGCAGCUACAACACUGACAAAUACAACACUGACAGCCACAACACUGACAAAUACAACACUGACAGCUACAACACUGACAAAUACAACACUAGCAGCUACAACACUGACAAAUACAACACUGGCAGCCACAACACUGACAAAUACAACACUGGCAGCUACAACACUGUCAAAUACAACAUUGACAAAUACAAUACUGACACAUACAACACUGGCAGCCACAACACUGACAGCUACAACACUGGCAGCUACAUCACUAGCAGCUACAACACUGACAAAUACAACACUGGCAGCUACAACACUGACAAAUACAACACUGGCAGCUACAACACUGACAAAUACAACACUGGCAGCUACAACACUGACAAAUACAACACUGGCAGCUACAACACUGACAAAUACAUCACUAGCAGCUACAACACUGACAAAUACAACACUGGCAGCUACAACAUAACAGAGCUACCACUGAUAACCAAACCACUGGUCGAGAGGCCACAGCGGUGUGUGACGGGGAAGAUAUCUCAGCGAGUUCAUGCAACUUGA